CACAGCCACUGAACCUUCCCACAUAUCAUCUGUAGGCGUUGAAUCCUACUCUAUGUGCCUAGAAUUAGCUCCUUGCAUUGCAUACAAGAGACCCUUAGGCCCCCACCUCGGUUCUUCAAUUUCCUGCAGCUCUUGUCUCGUCAGAUUUCAUCAUAUAGCACAGCGACACACAACACAAUGGCCACGAUACAAAGCACUACACCGCCUGACAUGCUGGAAAAGCCAGACUUACCACAACGUCCUACAACUCCAAGAGUAAUUCGCACCGUGGUCCACGAUGAAGGUCUUCCAGAAGUUGUCCACUCAAAUCAACUCAUAAAUGCCACGGAAUACUACGAUGCUCCGAUACCAGUAGACUCAGAAACAGACAAACGAUACAACGAAGCUCCCAUUCCAGUCACAACACUCGACAAAUAUGAACCUGCACCUGCGCUGCCAGUUCGUCCAUCUUCUAUAACACCACAACCUCAGCAACCCUACCCCUACAGCCCAAGCGGUUAUGCUCAGCCACAACCUCCCAGCUUCGUCGCUCAGUCACCACAACUACCGCCUUACAACAGCAAUGAGGUCGUAACAUAUGUGACGCCACUGGAUCAGCUUGGAGAUCAUCCCAAGUUUGUGGAUUGUCCAUUCUGCAGACAUCGUGCGGAGACGCGAGUGAAGAAGAUAUCUUCAAAAAUGACACAUGUUUCUGCAACAGUCCUCGGAUUCACAACGAUAGCAGGCGCUGCUGUUCCUUAUGCUGGGAAGUGGCACUCUCACACAGCUCACUACUGCAGCAACUGUGAUCACAAAGUGGCCAUUCGAAAAUGGGGAUCCAGUCAGAUGAAGCCUCUGGGGACACCCGAUUAUCUGAGGGAGGUAUCGAGAUAUGGCCCUGCUCACUCGCCGAGCAUGUCCAGUAGCUCAACGAGAGGUUAAAGACGAUCUAUAUGAGUAAUAAUGAGGGAUUGAUACCAGGAUGAGAAAUGGUUUUCAAAGAGGGAGAGAGGAGCUGUUAAUCGAGUUCGAUAUCUACAAGACACAGGCUCAUCACACAGCAUUUGGUUUGAUUUUAAAGGCAUGAAUAUCAAGUUCACGAAUUGUAAAUGCGCAGUUAUAGGUGCCCCCUCCAGCAAGGCCAUUGGUGGAGAAAUACAUAAAUCUCGACGAUUGCUUCGUUUGCAAGUCUCAUCGGGCAGACUCCCAUAGGGAAGUACUUAUCAGAGAGCAUUAUCGACGGUUGAAGAUGGCUUCGUCUGACCAAUCAUACACUGUGAUAAUGUCGAUCAGGGUUUGGGGAAGCCAACGGUUUUGCUGUUCCAUG